UGUAGGACCACGAAGACUUCGAGCAGGCAUUAUUGUGGUGACGUCACAGAAGGAGCUUGUGAGUCUAGCAGACACUUGAACCUAUCAACAUGUUUCAUGCUGUUUCCUCCAAUGCUGGGAUCGGAGGAGGUGGGGGCAGCGGAGGAGUAAAUAAACCAGAAUUGUAUGAGGAAGUGAAGUUAUACAAAAAUGCAAGGGAACGUGAGAAGUAUGACAAUAUGGCUGAACUGUUUGCAGUAGUAAAAACUCUCCAAGCCCUAGAAAAGGCGUAUAUCAAGGACUGUGUUACCCCAAAUGAAUAUACUGGUGCCUGCUCCAGACUACUGGUUCAAUACAAGGCUGCUUUCAAGCAAGUACAGGGUUCUGAUGUGGGUACCAUUGAUGAUUUCUGUAGGAAGUACAGGCUCGAUUGCCCAUUGGCAAUGGAAAGAAUUAAAGAAGAUCGUCCAAUUACUAUCAAAGAUGACAAAGGCAAUCUCAACCGCUGCAUUGCUGACACUGUUUCACUCUUCAUUACAGUAAUGGAUAAACUGCGAUUAGAGAUAAGAGCCAUGGAUGAGAUCCAACCAGAUUUGAGGGAGUUAAUGGAGACAAUGAACAGGAUGAGCAACAUGCCUGUUGAUUUUGAAGCAAAAGAGAAAAUCAGCUUGUGGUUGGCGACACUCAGUGGGAUGUCUGCUGCUGAUGAGUUAGAUGAUUCCCAGGUCCGACAGAUGUUGUUCGAUUUGGAAUCUGCAUACAACGCUUUUAACCGAUUCCUGCACUCUUCUUAGAUAACAUCUUCGGAGUGUCCUGGAGUCGAUGUCAAGAUGUUUGCCUGCACCUUUGGAUUUUGUUUUAAAGUUUGCAGGAUUCAGUACCAUUUAUACAUUUUUCAAUUAGUUAAUCCCUCAGUUUUUAUUCAGAGAUUUAUAACUGUAAAGACAUUGUAAAAUGUAAUUACAGUAUUAAUAUUUUAAGAAAGGGUUUAUUGGUGUAGCAUUAACAUAAAGUAAGUAAUCUGAUAAACACAACUGCGUCAGCCUUUUUCCUGUAAAACCUUAGUGUUUAAAUUGUUGGCCACCAGGAUGCGCUGUGCAGUAACCUUUACUUUAAAAUAAAAUGUGUGCAGGAAUACCUUUAGAUGAUCAGCAUUGUAAUCACAGUCUAAAAGCCAAUCAAAGACAUAUUUUUAUUAUUUUCUGUAACUCUUAUAUUGCUAAUAUCAUUUUGGUUUCUUGUAUAUUAAAUAGAAUUAAUAUGGCAGGCAUAACACCCAACAGUUGACAGUAAUGUCAACGGAUCAGUCUGCUGGUAGAAUUAUAGUUUGAUAGCUGCUAUUAAUACAUUUUUACCACAUAUUUCAAAUAUAUUUUCUCAUAUUACUAUACAUUCAAGUGUAAUUUGGACGUCUGGUUUCAGAAGAAGGAUGGCUGUUUAUGAGAGUGAAACUAAGUGACUCUGUGAUAGACUUUUGUAUUUUUUCUAACUUUCAGGGAUUUGCACUUGGGUGUCAGAAAUAUUUUAUAUUGUUCAAAUAUCUGGAAAGUUUAAAGAUAACAAUAUUUCUCCCAUGAAUGCUGUGCACUCAGCAUUUUGUUGUGAGAUUUGUGUAAAAUGUAACUUGUUUACUAUAAGAAUUGAGUUAUAAAUCCUUACACAAGUGUGCCAUCAGAUACAAAGUCCCUAAUCAAUAGCUUUGAAAUUCAGUAAUUGAUUUAAUUGUAUUUAUUUAUAGGAAGGGUCUCUGAAACAUUGUAAAUAAAAAGUAUUGAAUUAAAAUUGAAAAUCUA